ACCUGAACAGACACACCACCGCGCAAGACACACGACACGACUCCACUGAGACUGUCACCACUACAAGCAAAAGGAGGAGGAGGAAAGAGAGGGGGAUGCUGUCAGCAGGUGUCUACAAGUGAGAUUGGACAUCGAGAGAAGGGAAGAGAGCGCGGGGGGGGAAACGACAGCCUACAAGACAUAAAGGAGGAGAGAUGGAAAGCUGAGUCUAAGACUUGAAGCUGAGUCCGUUGAAACAUCGUUGGAGUUUGGGGGGAAAACAAUAAAUAGCAUCAUGCUCUAUCCAGCCCUGCUCUGUGUGAUGCUGCUGCUGCUGAGUCCUCUUAAACCAACAGAGACACGAGCUCUUCAGCCCCCGAACCCCAACAAUGCCAUGCAGUUUCUUGAGCAGGUCCUUGACCGUUACAAUGAUCUCCUGACCCUCGAUGACCUCGAGAAUCUAACAAAUGACCAACCUGAGGAGCCCAUGCAAGUGUAUAGUUCCGGGUUGAAGGUCGCUGAGUACCCGAAAUGGAUCGACCUACCACCCCAAAGUGACAACUCAUGGCUCCGCCUCAUGCGUGCUGCUCUGGCCAAUCAGAAGCGAGUGGUGCCCGACCGCGUACGGAGGGGGUGGAACCGUGGUUGCUUUGGGCUAAAACUGGAUCGGAUCGGGUCAAUGAGUGGACUGGGAUGCUAGAGAAGUCAAAGGAUCCUGAAUGGAGAGAUUAGUAGAUGUAUGGAUGGAUGAAAGGAUGGAUGGAUGAAUGAAUGAAUGAGCAAAUGAAAGAGUAAUAGGAUGAUGGACAUGAAUAAUGUUUUUGAUUCUUGUGCUUCUCCUUGUGCACCGUCUGUUAGAGGGACGUCUGCAGCUGAGAUGAACUGUAUUUGUGAGAGCAGUAGAAGGGCUGGACAUGCAGUAAAGCACUCACACUUGACCACGGUCAGAAGGAGGGGAGAGAUGAGGAGAACUCACACACACACACACACACACUCACACUUGACCGCGGUCAAAGGGAGGGGAGAGAUGAGGAGAACAGAGGCUGGACGGCAGACUUUUGUCUCUCAGACCUUGCUCACAGACACACACACACACACACACACUCACACACUCUCACACACACACACACACACACACACACUCACACAAGUUUCCAAAUCAAAGGGAGACCCGUUAGUUUUGUCUGUCUAGUUUCCAUGGUAAAGCAGUGAAGUAUUGCUCGUCUCUGUGUCGACUGCGCUGUGAUGAUGUGAAAUGAAAUCUCGUUCACGUUAAUGCAUUUGGAGAGGAUAACGUGUAGUGCUCUGGCCAUUCAUAUGUGGAUCUUCAUGGUAUAAAAAAACUAUUAAAUAUCCUGUCCAGAAUUAUUUUGAGUCAAAUGCAUGAUUAAUAAUAAACAUUAACAUAACACAGAGGUUUGCUUUAUGUUUCUCUAUAUUGUGCAUGAAUAAAGGAUUUGGAAAAUUA